GUGGCGCUCGCCACUCGGGCGGUGGCGCGGGCGCCCAGGGCAGACACUAGGCUAAUCCGGAGGUGCGGCCCUGGAAUUAGACGGACAGCGGGGCUCAGGCUGAGGCUGAGGCUGAGGCUGAGGCUGGGGCAGUGUGCACGCGGGGCCGCCGAGCCCUGGACUCGUGUAGCGGCUGCGGGGCGCGCUGCCCUUCGCCAUGUACACCUUCGUGGUGCGCGACGAGAAUAGCAGCGUCUACGCCGAGGUCUCCCGGCUGCUGCUGGCCACCGGCUACUGGAAGAGGCUGCGGCGAGACAACCCCAGGUUCAACCUGAUGCUGGGGGAGAGGAACCGACUGCCCUUCGGGAGACUAGGUCAUGAGCCUGGGCUGGCACAGCUGGUGAAUUACUACAGGGGGGCGGACAAACUGUGCCGCAAAGCUUCUUUAGUAAAGCUAGUCAAGACCAGUCCGGAGCUGUCUGAGUCCUGCUUAUGGUUCCCUGAGUCGUAUGUGAUUUAUCCAACUAACCUCAAGACGCCAGUCGCUCCAGCGCAGAAUGGCAUCCAACUUCCGGUCAGUAACUCCAGGACAGAUGAGAGAGAAUUCUUCUUGGCUUCUUAUAACAGAAAGAAAGAGGACGGAGAGGGCAAUGUUUGGAUUGCAAAGUCAUCAGCUGGUGCCAAAGGUGAGGGCAUCCUCAUCUCCUCAGAGGCGUCGGAGCUUCUGGAUUUCAUAGACAGCCAGGGCCAAGUGCACGUGAUCCAGAAAUACCUCGAGCGCCCUCUGCUCCUCGAGCCCGGGCACCGCAAGUUUGACAUUCGAAGCUGGGUCCUGGUUGACCAUCAGUAUAACAUCUACCUCUAUAGAGAGGGUGUGCUUCGAACUGCUUCAGAACCAUAUCAUGUUGAUAAUUUCCAAGAUAAGACCUGCCAUCUGACCAAUCACUGCAUUCAGAAAGAGUACUCAAAGAACUAUGGGAAAUACGAAGAAGGGAACGAAAUGUUCUUCGAAGAGUUCAAUCAGUACCUAACAAGUGCUCUGAAUAUUACCUUAGAAAGUAGCAUUUUGCUGCAAAUCAAACACAUAAUAAGGAGCUGCCUCAUGAGUGUGGAGCCCGCCAUCAGCACCAAGCACCUUCCUUACCAGAGCUUCCAGCUCCUCGGCUUUGACUUCAUGGUGGAUGAGGAGCUGAAGGUCUGGCUCAUUGAAGUCAACGGUGCCCCAGCGUGUGCCCAGAAACUCUAUGCAGAACUGUGCCAGGGCAUCGUGGACAUAGCCAUAUCCAGUGUCUUCCCACCCCCGGACACGGAGCAGGUGCCGCAGCAGCCGGCUGCGUUCAUCAAGCUGUGAAGCACCGGAAAGCACAGAGCCGCCUUGGGAAAUGUAUGGGGUCCCGCUCCAGAGGAAAGAGAGAUGACUGGACUGCUCCUUGUCAAGGCAUGCUGGGGGACAGAUGUGCAGGAAGCGAGCUGCCCACGGGGCUGCGGAGACCUUGGGAAGCUGACACAAGCGACUGAGAGGGAGAGCCCAGCACUUGUCUGGAGGGGCGCUCUGCCUCUGCACGCUCUGAUCCCUUGAGCGGUUUCUGCUUGGAUGGUACUGGGAUCUCCCCGGGGUGCAGCCCAGGGGCCUCUGAGGGGUGUCUGCCUGCCUGCUGCAGCUUUAGUGCCUUAGUCUGUGCCUGGUGCAGCCUCACUGGACACAGACUGGACCUUAGAGCAUUUUAGAGGUUGCCACAUGUUCCCUGCGACACUCUGUCCCGCUGAACUCUGGAUGAGCAUGCAGCACAGUGGGCUGUGCCCUGGCCUGUCAGUGAAGGCCUCUUGCUUGUCACCAUCCUGGUGGGCAAUGAGUGGGCGCCUGCCAGGGGUCCUGUGGACACCAAACAGUGUAUGCGGCUCACUGCAUGUUUUAGAAACAAAAGCCGCAGGCCUGACACAUCUGCAAGCAUCAAAUAAGCAUGAGAGAGAGAAAACCAAAACCAAAACCAUGAUAUCAUACUUUACUUAAAGGGAUGGGUGGGUGGCUGGGAGGGUGGGAGUUUCUGAAGUAUCUUGAGUCUCAGUUAUCUUUGGUUUAACCAGAAUUCUGAAUGCCGCUUUGCAAUUUAUUCUCCCCCCCCCUCCCCAUCUUUGAACCUUUGUAGCAAUCCAUUCUGGGAGUCAGGGAAAGUAGAAUCCUUUUCCUCACACUCCUCUUCACCACAUAGCUCUCCCUAUGCCUGUCCUCCUUGGCUCCUGGGGGCCUCUGCAAGAGCUGGAGGGCCAGGUUCCAUUCCAGAAAGGGUCCAGUGUGCAUAUGCAUGUAGGUGACAGGAGAGACCCCUUUCAGUGAAGGUGUGCCUGCCUGAGUGAGAAAGAAGUAUUUUUUGGAGCUCUGUACAACUUCUUGUAAAUGUCAACAAAAGUGUACCAUGAGAUGUUGUUUCUGGGUUAUGGGUCCAUUCAUAUUUUAUAGGCUUCUCGGGAG